AUGGCACCACCAUCCGCGACAUCAAAUGGUAACGAGAGCCAGGCCGGCACCGCCACUCUCGAACCAGGCUUGAGCAAGCCUCAAGCUGCCAAGAAGGAAAUCACUAUGCCAAAAUUCCCUGGACCAAAGAAGUUUGAGGAUAAAUAUGAGGAGAGGAAUUAUCAGAAGGGAAGACUUGCUUUGGCGUUUAGGAUCUUUGCGAAGUUUGGGUUUGAUGAGGGGGUUGCUGGACAUAUUACUUUGAGAGAUCCCGUCUUCCCUGACCACUUCUGGGUCAACCCUUUUGGAGUCGCAUGGCCACUUCUCAAAGCCUCUGAUCUCAUCCUCGUCAAUCCCGACGGCCAAGUCGUCGAAGGCGGCCCAUGUCGUCUUUUGAACGCAGCUGCCUAUAUGAUCCACCACGCAGUCCACACUGCUCGUCCAGAGAUCAACUGCGUCGCCCACUCCCACAGCAUCUACGGCCGCGCCUUCUGCACUCUCGGCCGCAACCUCGACACCAUCACCCAAGACGCCUGCGCCUUCCACAACGACAUCGCUCUCUACUCGUCUUUCCGAGGCGUCGUCCUCGCCGAAGACGAAGGGAUCGCCAUCGCCGCCGCGCUCGGCAAGGGGGAAGCCGCGCUUCUACAAAACCACGGCUUGUUGACUUGCGGACAGAGUAUUGAGGCUGCGGUAUUUUGGUUUAUGAGCUUGGAGAAGUGCUGUCAUGCGCAGUUGUUGGCUGAUGCUGCUGCAGGUGGGAGGGGCCAUGAGACGGUGAAGAUUGAUGAGAAGGAUGCGGCGUAUACGUAUAAGACUGUGGGGACGGAGAUGGCGGGGUGGUUUAGUGCGAAGCCGAAUUUUGAUUUGAUGGAGAGUGAGGCGGGGGUGGAUUAUAAGUGGUAG